AGCAGCGUAAUAGGCCUCUUGCCUCCUUGCGUUGCGACCCAGCCCCCUGUCCCCUGGCCUCCCCUCCUCCAGCACCCGUUCCGUCUCCUUCGCCCGCCGCCUACGCCGUCGCGCCGAUCUCCAUCACCGCGAGUAGCGGCGCCGGCGUCGUGCUGCUUCCGGCUUCCGCCGCAUAUUCUCGCCUCUGACUCCUUGCGCGCAAGCCAGUCUCCACGUCACAUCAGCCUCGACUCCCGUCUCCUCGCGAGUUCGUCGGCCGCCUGCGUCGACCUCUUAUACAUCGCGCGAGCAGCGGUGCCGUCGCCCUGCUGCUUCCGCCUCCGGGAGGCGCUGUGUGUGGUCAAAAAUUAAAGGAGAGGGAGGGAGAGGUAGCAUAUUUCUCCCCCAAAACGUUUGGGGGUUCAGCUGAACCCCCAUGCCCCACCGGUAGGUCUCACAGAAUUGUACAUCAUGCAACCUUUUCUCCUGAAUUUCCAGGGUUACGGGACAGUUUGCAUGGCAUGAUCAUAUUUUGCUAAGGUUCUAUUAGAGUGUCAUUCGAUGGCCCAUUUCAUGGACUUAAGGGCUUUCAUCCUGCGUGCACGUGUUUUAAAGCUUUAUAGGCAGGCCUUGCGCAUGACUCGCCGAGCUCCUGUGCAUGCACGCGAUGAGUUGAGGCAAACUGUAAGAGCUGAGAUUGAAAAAAAUCGCCGUUGUGACGAUAAACAGAAGAUUAAGUUCUUGAUCAGUGAAGGUCUGCAACGAUUAAAAGGUCUUGAUGAGAUGCUUGACAUGACAGGAAAUAGUUAACUUGAGUUUCAUGUGGGAAUCUACUGUUGUAUUCAAUUCUCUCAUGGAUCCAUGUAGUUAUAUAACACACUUUACCCUUUACAAAGGGCAAGACAUUUGUUGUUCUCUAGUUUCAUCUGCGGAACCUGUACAAUAUUUGGGGCUGGAUUGGGGUUAGGUUGGCUCAGAACUACAGAUCAUGGACCUUUUCUAGAAGUCAGCUGGUUUCCACACCAAGAUAUUUUGGUUAAUUGUUUUCUGUAACUUUCUUAUCAAGGGAUGUAAAGUCGAGGAUAGUUCUGUAUUUUUUUUCUCACACUUAACAUAGAACAGGACUGAAGGUUUUUCCAGUUUUGAGCUAA